AUCAAAUCAUACCUAUGCAGGAUAUUCAGGAAAUUGUUUCGACGAAUGCCUCCAGAACUUGGAUACAAUGCUGCAACAGAAGCACAGGACAGGAAACAAAAUAAUUGGCUUUUUCCCAGUUGAAAAGUACAUAACCGGUCCCCCAGCAUCUUUUCUCUUUUCUCUUUUCUUCCCCUUCUCUUUGUGUUUAACAAUCAGAGAAAGCAUCCUCCAAGACCAUCGAGGCGAUACAAAAAAAUCCUCUAUUGAAAGAAUUCGAACCACUAUCAACCAACAGCUCCGUCAUCCCAGACAUAGUCCUCACUUCAACAACUUGCCGUCUGUCUCCUUCUUAUCAACACACCUACACGAGAGACCAACAUGACAGGCAAAGACCUCAAAACGCUGGGACAAGAACUCCGCAGGAUGGAAAGGUACCAAGAGUUGACCAGGAUGAACCAAGAGAAUCGAGAAACCGACCCAUGGGCCAACGCCAUGCACCAGGACAUCCAUGACAGCAGCUCUUCCAGUAACACCAACUCUCCCACCCUCAACAACAACAAAAACAACAACAACCCCUCUCGUCGCCACGCAACCGAGCUUGCACGCUCAUCAGAGUCUACCGCUCUCCCUACUCCUCCCCAAACACCACCAUCUUCAUCUUGCCCGCCACCACAGUCACCACCAGCCUACACCCCCCCUCCCACCGCCCAAGCUCGCGCUCGCGCCCGCCUCGGCUACGUCGGUGUCAAAUCAUCCCUGCCCAACACCUUUUCCCCCUGGGGCGAAGGCACAGCGGGAACCGACAUCGACGACAUUGGCAGACCAGCACAAGACAGGCCGCGACCACCACCAUACAUCUUCCACGCCCGCGACAGAUUUCUCGAGACCGGCCUACCUGCAACCUUUGAUACCUCUAGUCACACCUCCUCACCAUAUCCAUAUUCUUCUUCUUCGCCGUCAGCCUAUCAUGGUACCUCUACAUAUAUGGCUCCGAGUCAUCCCAAGGCGGCGGCGCUCUUCGGCGGCGCUACGACAACAACAACAACCAGCGACGACAACAACCGCAGUGCAGAAACUAGUACUACUACUACUACACCGCGUGCACCAUCCCGUGCUUAUGGUGUGGCUCGUCGCGUUGCACUUUAUAGCAAUAUAACAACACCAGCAACACCAACAACGGGUAAAAGAAAGAGCAAUAACCGCAAUAUAUGGGGCGGAAGAAGAAGAAGCUUCAGAAGCAUCAGAACUGUGGACUACAUGCUUGAUCUUGAGCGGGGUAACCCGGUCCACAAGGAGACGGACGUGAAGAAAUAUGCCACUGCGGUUUUCUUGGCGAUCAUUGUGAUCUUGAUUUUUAGUUGUACAGUUGUGUACUUUACCUCACAAGGUUGA